AACUUCCGCCCACACUUGCGCGUCAUUUCCUUCCGUGCAGUGGCGCUUAAGCGACCCCGUGGCCUGCCUUCGCUCUCUUUCGUCAACGCGCGGCGGCCGAGAUGGCGGACAACCAGACCGAGCGCGCCUUCCAGAAGCAACCGACCGUCUUCCAGAACAAGAAGCGGGUGUUGGCGGCCGAAGGCUCCAAGGAGAAGGUGCCGCGCUACCACCGCAACGUGGGCCUGGGCUUCAAGACUCCGCGGGAGGCCAUUGAUGGAUCCUACAUUGACAAGAAGUGUCCAUUUACCGGGAAUGUGUCUAUUCGAGGUCGCAUCCUGACAGGUGUAGUCACUAAGAUGAAGAUGCAACGGACCAUUGUUAUUCGCAGAGACUACCUGCACUACAUCAGGAAAUACAACCGCUUUGAGAAGCGACACAAGAACAUGUCUGUGCACCUGUCCCCUUGCUUCAGGGAUGUGCAGAAUGGAGACAGUGUGACUGUUGGGGAGUGCCGGCCCCUCAGUAAGACAGUGCGUUUCAACGUCCUCAAAGUCACCAAGGCCGCAGGAGCCAAGAAACAGUUCCAGAAAUUUUAAGGGCGACUGUAAUGUGAAUCAUCUACAAUAAAGCCUUUAUGAGAAAAUGCCA